CCGUGUGUACACAAACGGCCAAUAUCUCUUGGCAUACCUUCUAUCGUAAUUUUUGUCACAUCAUUCCUGCUAUUAACUUCAGCGUGCCGUAGCCACUGUGGCUCAGUAUGAAUUCGAAUGGCAUCGAGUCAACAUCAACAGCAAGCAGAUACGUACACUCAGUAGCUCAUAACAUUCUCUCCGGCGAACAUUUAAACAAAGCACGUAAUUCUAACGGACUUUUUAUGCACAUCGAUCGCGCGUCGUGUGAAUUCGAUUUGAAAACAUUGGUUUUUCUUGACAAUUUUUUUCCUCUUCUUCUCUUUUCGUUUUUUUUUUAUUUUGACCCGGUGAUUUUGUUCCUCUCAAUUGUUAUUUUAAAUCCAUUUUCCAGUUUGUGUUUUGAUUUAGUGAGUGUUUUUUUUUUCAAAUAAAAAUGAAAAUAAAUUUUUGAAAAAAUUCAAAAAAUAAUGAAAAUAAUAAUAAUAAAAUAAACAAUAAUAAUAUUAAUAGAAUGGUCGUGCCAUUUAAUUGUAUGUUUUCAUUGUCAUUUUCACAUUCGUUGAUUGUAUAAAUGCAAUUUUACCCGUGACCGAAAAAAAAAAUUAAGUCAAAAAAGGAAAUCGAUCACCGUCGAGAGAAGAAAAUAAAAGCGCACACACAAAAUAGAUUCAUUCGCAUUUCCGUAAACUGGUUAUGAUAAAUGAACCAAGCAAAUCGCUCACGUAUUGAUGACUUUGAAUUAAAGCAGCAUAUUGAUUUGAUAAAUAUACGAACAAUUCAAUUGAUAAAUUCCAUACGAACAACGAAAAAACACAAUGUUUUUUUCCAUCGAUUCCAUUUCUUUCGCAAUAAACGAUACGAACAAGAAAACAGAUAACAAUCACAGCGAAACGACGGAAAAAGAAUAAUAACAACAAAUGUUCGAAACAAGAAUAGACAAACAUAUACCGUGGAGGUCUUGGCACAAUAAAAUCAGCACGAUCGAAUAAUAAACGUCAUCAAAGUAAAUAAUGUCCAAUGUUUGAGAGAAAGAGAAAAUUAAUUGCUUUUGAAUGAACAUAAAGAACAAUUGAAAAUUAUUGUCAGAUACAUUAUUCGAGCAUUUAACGGGCGGAUCCAUUUUUAUAUUCAUAUGCAUUGAAGAAAAAAAAAACGGGCAAAAAACAAGAAAUAGAUGAAAAAUAUUGCAAAAGAAAAGCAGGAAACGCGUUUAUGUUAUUGAACCAAAAAUAUAAUAAUUUCGGAAAAUGUGCUGUUAAUUUGAACAAUUUGAUUGUGAUUGAUGGCUGACAAUUUACAUGAAUCGAACUUUCGGGUGACUGUCAUUGAGCUAGACGCGUGUUUCGGACAAACUGUGGAUAUUCAACGAAUGACCUUUGGGCUGAUCAUUUAUAUUAGUCUGUGAUAAUCGUGAAUGCAACCACAACAACAACAACGACUACGACGACAACGGCAGCGAUCGGGUGGCAGCUAAAAAAGCGCGGAAUGGAUGAAACCAAACCAGAAACAAAUGAUUGCAGUUUUUGGUAUUUCAACGAAUCGAAUUUCAGCACACACAGACAACGCAUAUGAAUUAUCUUGAAUGCAAGACCACAUUUUCAAAAUGAAUUUUACAAAUAUGGCAAUCAACCACAGUAUUAUCAAUAAUGCGAUUGAUUUGAUCGGCGGUAAUAGCGGCGUUAGCAACAGCAGUGUGGGCAGUAGUUUCGGUGGCAAUGCUAGUAGCAGCAACUAUUUGGAGUCAAGCAGUGAAAUUCCAAAUGCAUUUACAUCGACCAUUGUUUCGAGUGCCAUGCACUUUCGAAAUUCAUUCGAUGUGACGCGCAAUGGGACGCAUCUCAUCGAUUUGAAGAAUAUCAACAUUACCGAUGAAGAUAUACAUGAUUUUGCGAAAAAAUUAGCCGAACUGAAUAAAUACAAUUUGAGCAGUGAAAAUGAAGCGUUUGCAUGCGAGCAUUAUUGCAAUGGAUUUGUCAGGGAUAUAUUCAGUUCGUACAAGCAGAUGCACGGUUACAUAUCACUUGCGAUUUGCAUUUUCGGAACGAUUGCAAACAUACUGAAUAUCAUUGUGUUGACGCGAAAGGACAUGAGUAAAACACCCAUAAACACAAUAUUGAAAUGGUUAGCUGUGGCCGAUAUGUUCCUCAUGAUCGAGUAUAUACCAUUUUCCAUUUACAGGUACAUCGGACCAAAGCCAGGCGGCCAACUAAAAUAUUCAUGGUCGGUGUACAUUCUGUUUCACAUGCAUUUCACACAAAUAUUGCAUACCAUUUCGAUAUCAUUGACAGUGAUUUUGGCACUGUGGCGCUACAUUGCAAUCAAGCAUCCACAUGGUAGGCUUGCGUCAUGUGUCUUAUCUCAUUGUGGCGCAGCUAUAUUGUUAUCAUUUGUGCUUGCACCGAUUCUCUGUUUGCCGACAUACUUUGUAUUUCGCAUAAAUGAGAAACGCAUUUGGUCGGAGAAUUACACAAGUUUCAUUGUGGCUUACCACGUGGACACUAAACGGGAUACAACACUAUACAGUAUCAACUUUUGGCUAUUCAGCGUGAUAAUAAAAUUGCUGCCUUGUUUGGUAUUGACGGUAAUUAGUUUUAUAUUGAUUCGAGUGCUUUGUCAGGCGGCAAAGCGUAAAGUUAAACUCAAGGGAUACAAUCAAGCGACAGCCAGUGCAUCCAAUAUAAAUACCGUUUUAAAUGGCCACAGACCAUCAAAGUGCCAGCGACGUACGGAUCGAACGACAAUGCUUCUCGUUGCCGUGCUAAUGCUAUUUCUGAUCACCGAAUUUCCACAAGGCAUAUUGGGACUAUUAAGUGGAGUGUUGGAGACGUGCUUUUUCCAAAAAUGCUACAUACCAUUUGGUGAAAUGAUGGAUUUAUUGGCUCUAAUCAAUGCGGCCGUUGGAUUCGUUCUCUAUGGUCUAAUGUCAAAACAAUUUCGCACCAGUUUUAAAUCUGUAUUUUUCAAUAAGCGUCUGUCGCGCCUCGAAAUGACUCGCAUAACUAAUUUAAAUAAUACGACUUGUGUUUGACGACGAUUAAAUUUAACUUUAUUUAUCGUAACUUAGGAUGAAAACAUUGAGUGUAUAGAAGUUUAAGCAGAGCAACAGCAACAACAACAACAACAACAACAUAACAAGUAUAUAUUUAAAUCAAGAAAAUAUUUUGAAAUUGGAAUAUGCCGGAUGCGGCUUUGCCAAUUGAGAUCGACCUCUGAUUAAAAAAAAACGAAUGGUAACAGAGUGCAAGUGAUAAUUGCGGUUCACGCAUUUUCCUCCCCCGUUUUGUACAUUGAAUUGUAAACAAAAGAAUAAGGAAAACAAAGAAAACAUUAAACGUAUAGAAAGUAAGAAGAGUGUCAACGAUUGCCGUUGCAAUGGAUUCUUAAAUAUUGCCUGUUUGCUGGUCUGAUGGGCAUCAAAUUACCGACAAUUCCGUGGGCUGUAAUCAUUUUGCUGUGGCAAAAGCGAAAAGAAAACACACACACCGAGAAUAUGAUGCAAAAGCACACAUCAUAUUCAUCUGAAAAAUUACAAUCGACCGAAAAAUAAGCACAAUAUCAACGGAACCUUCGGAAUCGAUUGACAAAUAUAUGACCAUUUUGUGUUUGUGCAUAUACUUUUUCUUUUAUUCAAUUGAGUAAACAUUCUAUUUCAUUCAAAUCAUUUUAUUUCGAUUGUUUUGAACGGUGACAUUCAAUACACGAGCUAAUGGUUGUACAUUUUCCUCAGAACGGAAAAACAGACGAAAGGAGAAGGAGAGGGAGAGAGAGAAAAAAGGACUACAUCAAUCGAAAAAUGUCAAUAAAAUCAAAAAAAAAAAAAAAAAACAAUCAAGUGAAAGAAAAAGACUGCGCGAAUGAUACCAUACACUGAGAAAAGGCUGGAAGGAAAUAUUCACCCGUCUCCCUCUUUCUCUCGCAUUCCCGUCUUUCUCACAUUUGCUCAUUGUGCGCUGCGAGCGAUUCGCAUCGAAUUCCACAGACAAUCGGCAAACCAUUGAGCAAUGUGAUUAAUCAAAUUUGACAUGUUGAUAGCAAAUCGCCAGAGAAGAAAAAACCGCACGCAACCCGCUGCAUUGUGUGACACCACGAAUUCCAAAAGUGUGCGAUUGUGGAGCAUAUAAAUCGGCUCUCAAUACAUUGUCAUUACUUUUAAUAUGCAUUUGAGCCGAUUGAUUUUUUUUUUCUGAUGGCAUGACUGAGCUUGUGAAGGCUUGAAUUAGACGUCGACAGCACACUGUACGUGUACCCAUAUAAAUCAUUUGUGUAAUUUUCUUUUCGACGAAAGAAACCGCAUAAUUAGCAACGAGUCUGUUCACAAUCAAAAACCGUUCAUCAGAAUGAGGACGAAAAAAAAAAUGGGAAAAGAAAACAUCGAACAGGAUCCAUAAACAUCAAAAACAUGAAGUAAAUAUUAUUUGCUCGUUGGCUGUUUCAAUGUACUCGUACAGCAUAUAUAAAGUAUGAAUCAAAAACCGAUUAUGAUGCAACGUCAAUACGAUGGAGCGAAAAAAAAGGGAACAAAUUAUGCAAAUUCAUAUUAUUAUCAUCAAUUUGGAUCAUUUAUCUUUUAUAGAGACAAUUCUUUGUGUGCGUGUAUUUGGUUGUUUCCUCCAGCUCGUGCGUCAUUCUUUUGCUAAUGAAUGCAACGGAAAAAAAAAGUGCUACACUCACCAUUGUCACCCUCAUCAAGUGAGUUCAUUGUCGUUGAGAGGGAGAAAGAGGGAUACGUGCGUGCGUGAACGAGUGCGAGCAUGUUUUUCUGAAAGCAGAUUAUUAAUUGAACACUGUCGAACUUUUCAUUUUCUGCCAUCACUAGCACUUUGUGUUCUUUUAAUGCAAACAUUUUUCUUUGUCUUUUUUCUUCUAUACAAGUGUGCGAAAAUUCAUAUUUAUCGUUUUGUUUCCGACCGAAGCACAAAAAAAAGUCGAAAGAAGACCAAAGCGUAUUGAAAAAAAAAAAACACCGAAUAAAAAGAACAAAAUCACGCUCAACAAUUGCUGAGACAGGAAUUACGCGCGAACAGAGCAUGAAUAUUAAGUUUUUCUUUUCGGGUCAUUCAGCGAUCGUUGACAUUUAUUGCGAUGAAUAAUUUCUAAGAACCAACCCGAAAACAACAACCAACUGCAUAUGAUAAAAUGUGUAAAUGAUCGGAUAACACAGGAACACUUAAGACUUGUACAUAUAGAAUGAAUUCUAGAGAAAAAAAAGCAGAAAUGUCAUUGUGAUUUUGAGAUUAGUGAACAAGAGAAAAAGAAAAACUCAAAAAAAUCGAUCUAUUGUAUAAAAACGAAAAUUUGGAUAGAAACUAUGGUGUUAAUCAUUAUAAUCAUCAUCAACGAGAGAAUUAAAAAAAAACAACAACAUGAAACAGAAACAACAACAACAACAACCGAAAAAAUCCGAGCCCUGAACAUGUGCGUUGCUUUCAGUUUCUCGUGUGCACAUACACACAAAUAAAUCACCAUGUUCAGCUAAUGAUGUGCAUUGCAAGUUGUUUGU